AUGCUGUUAGAUCCUUCUAUCAGACUUCGCAAUGCCAUUAUCAACAAUCAACUUAUAAUAGUAAGGCAUGUGCUGAAAAGGUGGCCUGAACUCCUGACUAAUAUCGAUCCCUCCAAUGGCUGGACAUCCCUUCACUAUGCUGCCUUCCACGGUCACUAUCUUUUAUGUGCCCUUCUGAUUCAAAAGGGACAUGAUAGCGAUGGUAUCCGACGGACAGCAGAUGGCGAUUCUUGUGUCCAUCUAGCGUUAAUAAAUGGUCACGAGCAAACUACUCAUCUAUUACUACAGCACUUCCCCCAGUGUGUUCAAGAUCGCAAUGCCCAGGGCCGUACACCAGCGCAUAUCGCAUGUAUGGGAGACUUCCAUCAAUGUCUAAGUUUGUUACUGCAUGUGGGUACGGAUAUUACUGUGGGCGAUGCUGAAGGUAACACCGCAUUUCAUAUUGCUACCAUUUAUGGUAGUCUGCGUUGCGCCGAGCUGCUGGUUCAGCAGGUUGCAGGCAGGCCGGAGGAAUGCGAGAAACGUAACAACGCCGGUUGGACACCAGCCGAGGUGGCAAUGACUUUUGCUGUCCAAAAUAUAUUUCUCAACUACGUUCGCGAUGCCAGUAUGCGCCAAGCUUUCCAACAGAUCACACCAGUUGUACCGUGGUCCGUUGCUACAGCUUCUUCGGAAACUACCGCAGUCACAUCGGCUCCACCAUCGCUCCUCAGCAUUUCAAUCACAAAGGUGCGCACAUAA